UUUCCGAUUGUGUUAUUUAGCUUUGUCAUCGCGAAGGAAAUGUCUGAAGAGAGUAUCGGAUUCGUAAAGGUGUAAAGCAAGGUGGCUAUUCCAAGAGCUUAUCAAUUCCUUGACUUCUUCUGCUGGAGAAGCAAAGAUCUAAGUGGCACUCCGAUCAAAGAAAAUGGGGAGGAGCAAGGGCCUGGACACUCCCAACUUCCAGAAAUACGGCGUCCCAUUCUAUUCGGCCGCUUGGGUUCCGUUUAAGAGCAUCAAAUUCGAGCACGAAUCCCCAGGCCAGGAGGAAGACCGCAACCAAUCCAGCGAUCAAAUUUCCAGAGGCGACGGAUCUUCUCUGGCUCCGGAGUCCUCCGCCGAUUAUAACUACAUCGUGUUCGCCGGUGGCGGCGGCGAGGGUCGGAGUGGAAUCCCGAACGCCGUUGUUCUUGCCCGAUUCGACUACACAUCUAACGUUCUCUCCGAUCAGCCUGUGGCUAAGCUUGGAACUGGCUCUGAUUUGCCUUAUAGAAUGGGGGUUCAUCCUGGUCGAGAUGGCCUCAUUUGUUCAAUGCCUAAGAGUUGCAGAUGGUUCAAAUGGGAAGUAGAAAAGAGUGAGGAAGUUCAUAAAUUGGGUUUGAAGCUGUCUGAUAAAGUGCUCACCCAGUUGGAAGAUGUUGGACAGCAAUUAGCAUUAGCGUUUAACAAGGAGGGUUCUGCGCUUGCUGCUGGUGGCGAGGAUGGAAAUUUGAGGGUCUUCAAGUGGCCUAGCAUGGAAAUUACUCUCAAUGAGGUUGGCGCUCAUACCACUUUGAAGAACUUAGACUUCAGCCCUGAUGGGAAAUAUCUUGUCUCCUUAGGAAAUAGCGGCCCUGCUAGGGUUUGGGAUGUGACAUCCUCAACAGUCAUAGCUUCACUUCCAAAGGAAAAUGAUGAGGUUUUUAGCUCAUGUAAAUUUUCUGAGAGUACUGAUAAGAAUCAGCUCCUAUAUAUUGCUGCAGUGACAGGUAAAGGUGGGAGCAUCGUGACUUGGAAUCCAACCACGUGGAAGAGGAUGGGAUCCAAGCCUGUUGCUCGGGACACAAUUUCUGCCUUUAAUGUUUCACCAGAUGGAAAGUUCCUUGCCUGCGGGACGACUCAAGGAGACAUUUUGAUUUUAAAUUCAACCAGCAUGCGGGUUCAGACAAUGGUUAGGAAAGCUCACCUUGGCUUUGUAACUGCCCUGGCAUUCUCUCAUGACUCAAGGGCUUUGGCUUCUGUAUCCCUGGACUCAAGUGCGAGGGUGACACUUAUUGAGGAGAGGAAGAAAACGGGUGGAUUGAGCUUGUGGGUCAUUGUGUUCGUCAUUUUACUCGCCGUUGCUGUAUAUUUUAUGAAGAAUGAGGGAAUCCUUAGCUAGAAGUGCUGUUUUAUUCUGUUUGAAUGAGAAAUUUGUACCAGAACUCCAAAAUUGUACCGAUUGUCAAUAAGCAGUUUUGGCCCUUGUUUGAAAUUCA